CCUGUAAAACAGGAAAAGUUGCUAGACCUGUGGCAGGUUAUUGAAAGAGCAACAGAUAGCCUGAGCGCAGGGAAGAGAAAGGGUGACAUGGUCGUGUGUUGAGAGAGAAAGAGAAAACCCAUCUAUUUCACAGCUCAUUUGUCAGCCCAGUCCCUGUGCGAUGAUGCGGACUCUCUCUCUGCUGGUGCUCCUCUGUGUCGCGGCCUUGGUGACAUUGGCCUUCCAGUCCAUUCGACAGGAGCUGUCUAUCCAGACGCGGCGGGAACACAUGCUGUACGCGGCCAACCAGGUGCGUAGAUUAGAGGAUGCGAUCGUGCAGGCGAAGCUCAAGAUCCAGGAAAUCAACAGCGUCCUCGGGCCUGUCAACGCCAAGAAAGUUGAGCUGGCAAAGAAGAAAAAGGAAAUGAUCACUGGUGCAGCACUGGUCCUGACAAAAAUUGAAGAAUGUGUGGCUGUGAAGCCAGAAGUUGAGGUGAACAUGCAUACUGCUCAUGAAAAUCUCGAGAAAUUUAAAGCUAAACGAGCAGAGGAGAAAGCAGAAGCAGAGGAGAAAAUACAAGAAUUAAAAAAGAGGAUUCUGGACAGGGACAGCCAGUUGUGUGAAUUUGUGGACAUGAAACAGGAAGAGGGAAGGAAGCUGUGUGCUGCUGCGGCCCCGAAAUAGAAGUUAUGAAAUUACGUCUGAUACCCCCUCCCCUCCCCCACCAAACCAAAAAAACAUACACACACAUACAUGCACACCUACGGUAUACUACUUAUAUACAUUGAAAUAAAGCAUUUUUAAUUGACACAAA